AUGUCUCGCAGAAACGACGAAGAGCAGUCGGAUCAGCUCCUGGCACCGACUCCCGAAUACUUGGCGUCAGUCAAGGUAUUUCCGCUGAUUCCGAAUAUCAAGAAAGAUGUUAUGGUGUAUUCGGCGCUGAGCUGGGACCAGCUUACCGCGUCUGAUAUCAACUUCGCCAUUAUUCGACCACUCGUGUUCAAGUAUGCCAAGCUCGAGAACACGGCCGUCGUCUAUGCGUGCUUCGUCGUGCGUUCGCACUUCCUGUCCGAGGUGUCGGCCCACUUGGCGUACUCGGGCCUCAUGCUCACGCGUGCGCACGUAUGCGAGAUCCUCGCCAUGAAGCUACUCGCGUGUUUUUCGAGCAAUGAGCUCCAGCUCGCGUCGACGCUCACUGCGAGUUGGAACCCCCUCGCAGGAGCCCCCGCUGAGGUGAUACUCGACGUGCGAGACGCGGUCGGAGGGGAUGGACAGCUGAGCGAUCCGCAGUGCGCACUAGAGAUGGCGAUAGCCACCCAAUCCAAGCACUUUCUCUCCUCGCCGCUCGUGCAGGCGGUUGUGAACGACAUAUACCGCGGGCGCGUCAUCUUCUCCAUGACGUCAUACAACUCGGUUCUCGCGGACAACUACAAGCCACGGUCAAUCGAGAUCUACAAUCCCCAUAACAAGCCGUUUCUCGAUCACUACCGACUACGUGUGCCGCGGUACGGUGCCAUACUGGAGUUCAUCAAUUUUGUAGCGCUGUUAUCACUGUUUCUACUUGCACUGUCCAACAAAGAUUUGGAUCACAUGACGCCAUUCGAGGUCGUCUUCAUCAUAUUCGCGACCGCAUUUGCUUUGGACGAGUACACUGCAUCGAAAGAACAUGGCUGGGGCAUUUACAUCGCAAACAUAUGGAAUGUGUUCGACACUUCGUUCAUCAUCAUAUGCGUACUAUAUCUCGUUUUCCGAAUCAAAGGACUUGUACACCACGACCCUGGCGCUUCAGACCUCGCGUUUGAUAUUUUGGCGUGCGGAGCGUGUAUUCUGUUUCCUCGACUAGCGUUCUUCGCCAUAAAGAAUAAUGUUGUCGUACUAGCGCUCCGGGCAAUGGCCGCAGAUUUCAUCUUUUUCAUCGGUAUGGCGGCGAUCUGUUUUUCAGGUCUCUUGUACACCUUACAUAGCCUUGCGGGUGACAAAUGGAGUGUCAAGAGUACUGCAUGGCUCAUGGUGCAGAUCUGGUUCGGAAACACGUAUCUCAGCUUUGCCCAAGCAGAGAGCUUUCAUCCUGUGUUCGGCCCGAUUCUCAUGACGUGCUUCGCGGCGUUGUCUAAUACGCUUCUUCUCACUAUCCUUAUCUCCAUCUUGUCAAAUACUUUUGCUCGUAUCGACGCGAACGCCACGCAGGAGUACUUGUUUCAAUUCGCGAUAUCAACGAUUGAAGGAGUCAAAUCAGACGCGCUGUUCAGCUACCAACCUCCGUUCAACCUAUUUGCAUUCUUGAUCUUGUGGCCCUUGUCUUGUAUUCUGACACCGAGAGCUCUUCAUUCUGCCAAUGUCUUUCUCAUUAAGCUCACCUCUUUCCCGUGGCUCAUUGCCAUAGCGAUCUACGAACGCUACCUUGCACAAGGGCGCCACUUCCGUGAAUCAAGCAGUGCGACCGCACACGACCUGUACAACAGCGCCCUCCGCGGUGUGAAACACGUGCCUUUCCUGGAGCGCCUUGUCGGGGCCAGCACGGCAGACCUGUACGACGCGAUCUUCGACGUCGACGCCCCCGAGGCGUACGAGCUCUUCGCGUCCGAUGAAGACGACGGCGACGGCGACGACCGGCCAGCACCGACCUCGGCGCGCUCGCGCGACAGCGUACGGCCGCCGUCGCCGGGCUCAGCCGCGCGCCGUCCGCGCGGGCCCCGCCGCACGACGAGCCUGCGCUCGUUCCGCACCCCGCGUUCGCCGCGCUCGCCGCCAGGCGGGUCGCCCGCCAUGCGCGCGACGGCGCUCCCGGACCUCGUCGCGCCGUACAACAGCGCCGAGCUCCCGACGGCGGGGCCGCGCAGCCCGCUGAGCCGGCUCUUCACCGCGCGAGGCGCCGGGCGCAGGACGAUCUCGGCGUCGCACGAACGGCUCGCGCCGCCGGGCGCGGGCACUGCUGCAGCGCCCGCGGUGGACGAGCGUGCGGUGCGGCGGCUCGAGGGCCUCGUGGACGAGAUCCGCGCGCUGCCUGUGAACAGGCUCAAGGAGGAGAUGAAGGAACUCCAGGACCGUCAGGCGCGGAUCGAGAAUCUUCUCAUGAUGCUCACGCGCGGCAUGAGAAACGAGACGGCGGGCUCAUACCGGCAGAGCACCCUGUGA